CCUGCCAUACCCAUCUUCUUCCUCAACUCCUCCUUACAUUUUUCAACUAUCAUCAAUUAACAAAGAUGGAGUUUGCAGAAAGCAGUCGGAAGAAAUGCGCAGCAUGUUUCAGAGAGUUCAACAAAAUGGAGCAUUUGGUUGAUCACAUGAGAACUUCAUAUCAUUCACUUCAUGAACCUACCUGUGCACUUUGUAAUAAACACUGCAGGUCCUUUGAUUCUCUAAGGGAACAUCUUAUAGGUCCUUUGCCGAAACAAGAAUGCAAGAAAUUAUUCAAAAUCCUAGGAUGCGAAUUCUGCUUAUCUGUUCUCGAAAGCCCUCACGCUCUUAGGCUUCACCAACACCGAUGCCGCUUCUCCGGAGUAAAUUAUGGAACAAUGUCUCGACCGGCGAAUAAGUCUACUACUGGUGUGGACAAUGGGUUUUCGUACCAUGUGGUUGCACUGGCUUGCCAAAUGGUGGAUGGUGGUGGGAACAAUGGGUCAAUGGAUGUUUGUGCUAGGGUUUGCAUGGUUGACGAAUACGAGAAUAUCAUCUUUCAUGUUUAUGUGAAACCACCUAUUCCAGUUCCAAACUACAGGUAUGAAAACAGUGGCAUUGGAGGCGAACAUUUGAGAGAUGGAAUGCCAUUGAAACAGGUGCAAAGAAGGAUAGAAGAGUUUCUUUGCAAUGGAGAAGCAAUGUGGAAAAUUCGAUCACCUAAAGCUGGAAAAGCUAGGAUUCUUGUGGGUCAUCAUCUUCAUCCUCUUCUUCAAUCCCUGCAUUUAGAAUAUCCAUCAUUUAUGAUAAGGGAUACUGCAGCAUAUCCACCUUUAAUGAAAACAAACAAACUUAGCAACUCACUCAAGUACUUGACUCAAACAUAUUUGGGAUAUGAUAUACAAGCUGGCGUUCAAGACCCUUAUGAAGACUGUGUUGCAACAAUGAGGCUUUACCUGAGGAUGAGGAACCAAGUUCACCAGAGAGAAGACUAUCCACAGGCUUCUGACCCUCGAAAUCGGAACAACUUUGCACCAUCGAGGCAAAGCGAGCUCGAGAGAAUGUCCCCGGAAGCAAUGCUGACUAUCUCGAGGUCUGAUUACUACUGUUGGUGCUUAGAUUCCAUGUAAACUUUGAAACAUGCACCUGCAUAUCCAGGGAAACUACAUAUACAUUAAAAAGAGACUUUGUCACCUUAUGGUUAUAGCCGGGAGUAGCAAUAAGAAGAAAGUAAUUGUUA